ACCUCUUCGAGCACUCGCACAGCACUGUCUCCGCUCCUGUCGGCAAUCGACCGCACUCCCGAUAUCAGAGUGCUGCGCUCCAGUUGGCCGGUCGCGUUUUGCGUGCCCUAUCCCUCUUGCAGUUGCAUUUGCGAGCUGCGCGCGACGCUGCUGCAUCGCGCAUUGCCCGCACUUCUUGCUCUCUCGACGGUUUUCGUUGACAUUAGCGCCGUGAAUUCUGCUCUUGCUCGUGACACCCAGAACAGAGCGAUCAAACGACGAUGUCAUUCUCAGGCGGAAGCGGGGGCACACUCACACUGCCCUCACCGACCCAUGUUCAUCACGUCGACGUCGGCUCGACCGUCAGAUCCCUCCGGAGGUCCCUCUCGCGAUCGCCCUCCAAGUUCAGGCUAUCAGGUAUCGCGUCCCCCACACCGAGUUCAUCGGUGCUGCGCCAGUCGCCGACCCCGUCGUCAAAUGUGCAGUUCGAGCAAAGCACGUCCACUUCUACAGUAGUCCCCGCGACGCCUGCCUUAUCAGCGGGGCCGCUCUCGCCGACCUCUUAUUCGGCACCGCCCCAGCUUCAAACAACCGGCACUCCUUUCAAACCGAGCAUCAAGCUCUCGGUGCGUUCUGCGAGGUCAAAGCCGAUGACCCGGCCCCUCCCUCGAUCUCGAGUGUCGCCCAAGAGUCCCCUCAAGCGAGUUUUUGGUCCUUCGCCUGAUUCUGGCAAUCAGGUCCCGCCGUCCUCUUCCCCCGCCGAAGUGCAGGACCAAGAAAACGAGGCUCUUACCGACUGCCCCCUCGCGUCGAGCCCCUCGUCGCGUCGAAGCCUCGACCAUUCCUCGCGCCACGCAGUGCAUCUCGACAUGGCGGGAGCGACUAAAAACGGCAUCUCCAAGUUCGUGGAGGCCAACAACGAGCCAUUUCCCGCCAUUUCUGUUAGCCCGCUCAAACGGAGUGAUGCCGCCAUGGGGUCGGGCCAGACAAGUUUCGGAAGCCCAGUCGCGAAGCGGCGCAGUCUUCACGGCAUCUCAUCAACCGGAGACGAGCCUUCGGUUUUCGACCAGAACCCAACGUCGCCUCAGAACUUUGACAUCCAUGAGGACGGCAGCCAUGAGUACGAGCUGACCGGAGCCUGCGCAUCGCCGUUCCGCGACCUGGUCGUGCCGCCUACCCCGUCUGCGCUGCCGAAGCGCACGUCUUCGCUUCGCCGGAGUACACUGCAGCAGCGCCACGGAAACACCCAACCUUCUCUGGGCCGGCGCGCAGGCGAGAAGCAACUGGCGCAGCUCGCCGCUGAGCCCGGCACACCCGCAGCUCGCAGCAGGCCGAGGCUGUCGUUGGAUCAGUAUGUCCCGCCGGAGGAACGCGUGAAUCCCUUUUCUCCAGCGCCCUCGUCAACUGCGGCGGCUCACGCGACUCAACGCCCGGUCAACCAGCCUCAUCCGUUGUCCCGGCUUGUAUCACAAUCCUCUUCCGACUCGGGCCACCCCGAAGACGAAUUCCCAACACAGCGCCCGCUGCUUUCACAAGUUUUGUCCAAGUCGCUACCUCCCGGAUCCCGUCCUCCGACAAAUGAUUCGGAAGAAACCGCGACUCCUCACUACAAGGGCGCCAAACCAUUACAAUCGGCAUUCAUGUCGACAGGCCUCGUUUCCAAGAUGAAUCGCAACCGCGACGGUGGCCCGCCCGAGCAUCCGGGAGCAAAGAUGUCGGCAAUGCCGGACACUCCGUGCAAGAAGCAGCCGUACUACUCGGCUACAUUCCCGCCUCAGGGUGGCAGCGGCGGGCGACGAUCUCGGGUCUCCCUCGGGAGCCCUUGCUCGCCCUUUAGCGCAGUCGCGGCCCCCAUCCGUGGAAAUUUGUUUGCUACCCAAGAGAAAUCCGGCAGCCUCCUCUUCCAGCAGGUUCGCUCCGGCCAUACGAGAAAGGGAAGCAUGUUGAGCGUGGACGGUGAUGAAGUGCCCGAACCGCACGACGAGCUCCCUCCGACACCGACGAAGAAUCUGUUCUUCAAGUCGCUCACGGCUCCGAACCCGGCCGAGGGUUGCCAAACACCAGGAGACAAUCGGUCUUUCGCUGCUCGCGCCUCUUUGUUUUCUCUGGGGAGCGACCCGCGAGAGACCAAUGCUGAGUCCAAGGCGGAUGCGCUCACCCCUGAUGCGGAUGCCGUUUCCCGACCUUCCACGCCAUUUUCCAACGACUCGCCGUGCCUCGGCUUUUCGUUCCCGCCGUUGACCGGAAGCCGCACGCAUCCUGCCUCGUUUGCGACUCCAGCUCCCGCGAGAACUUCUCCCGCCUUGUUCGCGACACUGAACAAUGCUGCUGGUCAGUACGCAAAGACUGACGCUACCAAGACGGCAGCGGGCUCGACGAACCCGGAUACUGUGUCGCCUCAUACUCCCCAAGAUGCAGCAGGUUCUUCGAUGACGCCUCCCGACCCCAGCAGUCUGUCCAUCUCGAACUCGGAGGACAGACAGGCAAAGGUUUCUAGGACCCCGGCGACCCCCAGCAACUCCCAUGCGCGGCAACUCUUCUCGAGUUUUGCGAACCGCCGAUUGAGCAUGACUCCUCAGAAUGGACAGGGCCCGAGCGAUGUUGACGAGUCCUUGGUCUCUCGUUUUGAUAAGUCCGACAUUAUCGGGAGAGGCGAGUUCUCUCAAGUGUACCGUGUCGUCAAGUCGUCCGCUCCCGGAUCCUUUAUGAUGGCGUUCUCGACAACCCCGCGGACGCCCUCGAGUCCGAAUUGCGAGAGGGUGUAUGCCGUCAAGAAGCUUCGGAUGCCGUUCCACGGCGCUAGAGACCGCAAGGCAAAGCUACAGGAGGUUGCCGUUUUGCAGUCUCUGCGCCAUUCCAGUAAAAUUGUGCAAUUGAUUGACAGCUGGGAAUACAACGGCCACCUCUACAUUCAGACCGAGUUCUGCAGUGAAGGCAGCCUUGAUGUGUUUCUCAAGGCUGUUGGACAGGCGGGUCGGUUGGACGACUUUAGGAUAUGGAAAAUCCUCUUGGAGGCAGCUCAGGGACUCUCUGCCAUCCACCAGGCUGGCUUCAUCCACCUCGAUAUCAAGCCUGCCAAUAUCUUUAUCACGUUUGACGGUUAUCUCAAGAUCGGCGACUUCGGCCUGGCAACAACCUGGCCAGCUGCCAAGGGGAUCGAAGGCGAGGGCGACCGCGAGUACAUGGCCCCCGAGAUCUUGCGCGGGGAGUACGACAAGCCCGCUGACAUCUUUGCCCUCGGCCUCAUCAUCCUCGAGAUUGCCUGCAACGUGUUCCUUCCGGACAAUGGCCCAACCUGGCAGGCCCUCCGGGCUGGCGACCUGACAACGGUUCCCCCCCUGACGUGUGGCGAGGCUGGCGCCAUUGCUCGUGAUGCGAAUAGCCUGCCCGUCUCUCAUGACUCUGGAAUCUCCCAGGUGUCCGAUGGUCAGGAGAUCGGGCUCGGUAUCAGCCCUGGCCGGGAGUCCUUUCCCUUCGAAGCGAUGACACAUAACGCGAGCAACCUCUUUGGCGGGCAGAAGCGGACGGAGUUGCGACAUCCGCCCAACUUCAUGCUCGACCCGAGUGACCCUCAUUCCCUCGAUAGCCUUGUCAAGUGGAUGAUCGAGCCAAACGCGGCCGAUCGCCCCACUGCAGAGCAGGUGCUCUCGUCGGAACCGGUGACUUGGAUCUCAUGCCAUCGGACCGCCGGCGCUACCGUCUUCGAGGGCAACUGGGGUCCCCAGGUCGGUUCGUCAGUGGACGAUCUUGGCGACACCGAAAUGAUGGAUGUUUGAAAACAAAACUGUCACCUCUUGACGAUAUUGGAGCACAAUCUCUGCUCUCGUGUCUGAGAUGCUGGAUAUGCCGCCACUCGGAGGGCUUGGCAUACCAGGAGAUAUGUCUGAGUAUGGUGUCGACUUGGUCAGCUAUC